UUACUUGGCGCUGAAGAAAUGGCUCUACUUUUCCGUCAUCUAGCAACCGGUGAGAAAUUUCCGCUGCAACUGAUGCAGAAACUAGUGGUCGGCUUAUAUCGUCGCGUGGACGACUUGCGGGAAAGCGUGGCCCAGACAGAGAAUGAGGACGAUCGACAGACCAUUUGGGAAAGCAGUGCAGCAGAGGGCACAAUGUCUGCGGCAUUGUUUGGUCGCUUUGUCUUGGGAAGAAAGUUGCCUGUCUUAGCCUCAGUGUUGGACCAGAGGGUGGAUGCACUGUUAGGCGAAGCGAUUACCUCUGCGAGUU